CUGAGAGUGAAACAUGUCUGAGGGAGCAGUGCUGCUGCUGCAGCUCAAACAGAGACUCUGUCGGUCCAUAGACGAAGCCGAAGCGAAGCUGCACAGCCUCAGUCAGGACAUCUGGAGCUGUCCGGAGCUGGCUUACCAGGAGAACAAGGCUCACAGCAGACUGGUGGAGUUCUUCAGUCAGGAGGAAGGCUGGAAGGUGGACGCUCACUUCAAGCUGCAGACUGCGUUUCGAGCAUGUUGGUCAACCAAAGGCAGCGAGCAGAAAGACGUGGUCUCUGUGGGCUUCCUGUGUGAGUACGACGCCCUGCCUGGUAUUGGACACGCAUGUGGACACAACCUGAUAGCUGAGGUUGGAGCUGCUGCGGCUCUGGGGCUCAAAGCGGUGCUGGAAAACACACACAAGCUGCCUGUCCGGGUGGAGGUGACGGUGUUGGGGACUCCAGCUGAGGAGGAAGGAGGAGGUAAAAUAGAUCUGCUGAACGAAGGAGCCUUUGAUGGUCUGGAUGUGGUGUUCAUGGCUCAUCCCCUGCAGGAUGACGCUCCGUAUCUCCCGCUGGUAGCUGAACAUGAUGUAACUUUAAAGUAUCAUGGUAAAGCGUCUCAUGCCUCCGCCUACCCCUGGGAGGGAAUCAAUGCGUUGGAUGCAGCGGUGCUCUGCUACAACAACCUGUCUGCAUUCAGACAGCAGAUGAAGCCAGACUGGAGAGUUCAUGGAAUCAUAAAGCAUGGAGGAGUGAAACCAAACAUCAUCCCUGCCUACACGGAGCUGGAGUACUAUCUGAGAACCCCGUCGAGAGCUGAGCUUCCUGUCCUGAAGGAAAAAGCCGAGAGGUGUUUCAGAUCAGCUGCCGUGGCAACCGGCUGUGAGGUUGAAGUUCAAUAUGCGAAGAAUGCCUUUGACAACUUAUUGCGAAACAGAACACUUGAGGAUCUGUAUGAGAUCAACGGAAAGUCUCUGGGGAUGGAAUUCACCACGGAUGAAGAAGUUCUAAAUAAAGCUUCUGUCUCCACAGACUUUGGCAACGUGACAUUUGUAGUUCCUGGCAUCCAUCCAUACUUCUAUAUUGGUUCAAAGGCUCUGAAUCACACAGAGGAAUACACUGUGGCCUCAGGUGAUGAUGAAGCUCAGUUCUUCACUCUGAGGACAGCCAAGGCUCUGGCCAUGACUGCUCUGGAUGUUCUGAUGCAUCCAGAGCUGCUGCAGAAGGUGAAGCAGGAGUUUACUGAGGCAAAACUGAAGGAGGAGCAGAGCGCUAAGCAGCCUGCAAAUCCAUCUUAAUGCAGGAGGAGGAGCUGCUGCUCCACUGAGUGUAAAUCAGACUCAGGGAAACGUCUGCACUUAUUUUGUUACUGUGUUUAGGUUGAUCUAAAAAAAUUCUAUCAUAUCAAAUAUGUUCGGCUUUGCAUUACUUGCACAAAAAACUUGAAUUAGCACAUUAGCAAUAAGCUCAUUAGAGGCUCUUACAGGAAUCCUCCUCAGACCUAAAGUGAAAAAUGUAACAAAAUAUGCAUUAAAGGUAGAAUAUGUAAUUCUAAUUCUUCACACUUUUUUGUCAAAUUCAGUGAACAUCUCAACAGCUAUCUGUCCUGUAGAUUCUUAGAAAAAAUCAGGUGUUGAUGCACAGCCUUAGCUCUGGAAAUGUGAAAAAAAAUGUCUCUGACUGACCCACCCAACACUAUAUCAGAGUGUUCUGUUCAUGUUCAUGCCUGUGCACAUUUUUUGGUCUUAAAGAAUCACAAACAUGCUCUCAAACUAUCUAUACGUAACAAAAACCUCACAAAAAAAUCCUUUAGCUCUUAAAUGUUGGGGCGUCUCACACCUCAUUACCUAGCUUGGUUGCUCACAACCUGUCACCUCUACAACAGACAUUCAGCCAUAUACUAAAAUCAUCUGCAUGUGUUGGCAUUUGUGAGUUUAUACAUUAACUGUAUGAUCGUCAGUUCAAACUGAUACAGGGGGUCCUCGCUUUAUGACGUCCUCGACCUACAGCGUUUCGUUUUUACAUCGGAACUGGUUGGCGACCGGAGCGGACAAAUAUGUCGUCACGUGGCGCUAAAAGAUAGCUUUGUUGUACGUCACCUUGGAUUGUGCUACAUUCGCUAACUUUUUGCACUUCAUUAUGGCUCCCAAGUGUGAUCAAGUUGUAAAAACAGUGCAACAUAUUCUGUUAUCUUCUUGUAAAAUGACUCAUACGUGCGUAAAAGUCAGUGGUAUUCAUGACUUUUCUGAAGAACUGAUUGAUAUCAUGAUGCACGUAAUGGCUUGUCUUAACAUUUUUGCUGGAGUUCCGACUUGCACCAAAAUGUGAUUCACGUCCAGCCAUAGAAACGGAACUUCAACGUAAGCCGAGUAGCCUUUGUAUAUUCCAUGUUUCUACUGCUUUAUUUUGCACACAGCUGCUGUAACUUCUCACAGGGUGACACUAAAACUCAAAUCAGUCAGCACAGUGCUCACUAAUCACACUCAUAUACUUUAUUAAUAAUAUUAUUGCAGCCAGGCUUUAUUGCACAAAGCUGCACUAUUCUACAAUUUUGUGGUAGUGAGUAGAGAGAUGAGGGAACUUUUCAGCUGAAGCGUUUCUAAUUCCAAAGAAAUUAGAGACUUCCAGGGCAUCCACCAGAAUUUUGGAAGUCAUGGUACUUCUGUGGUUGGAAAUUUGGCCUAGAAAGCUACUUUUCUAGUUGUAGGAUUGAGGCUGAUGAGUGAACUAUAUCAGAUUCCUUCUUCAGUCCUCGAAUGUAUUUUGACCACCAUUUUCGCACAAAAACACGUGCUCAUGUACAUCCUAAUUUGCAGAGCUGUUGUUAUCUAAAUCCUCCAUGACCAAAGAAUACUGGACUGAACUAAACUGAUAAAUAGCUGCAGCUCCAUCAUAUACAGUGAUAAUAAGCCAAACAGACACAUUCCUCUAUCAUUGUGUUUGCAGUCAUUCAGUUAAACAGUGAGAUAAUAUGGUUGCCAUCAGAUAAAACUGUGAAUCACAGCAUUGCCUUAUAUCAUUUUCUAUCCAGUAUACUGAUAACUUUAGAAAGAAGUUUUCCUACGAUGAUAGUGAACAUUUUGAUGUGAGAAAAUUGCUGAAAAAUCCAGGGAGUUUAAUGCUAAAUUGAUGUUGCUACACUGCAUGAGGUGACGCAAACAGGAAAUCACACUAGAAGAAAUAGAGGAGGGAACUCUCUUCUAAGUAAACACUGCUCACACCGCUGCAGCAAUAUGCCAACAUCAUAUGGCUAUAAAAUAUUUCAUGUUAUUGCUUUAAAUGGUUACUAAUGUAUACUUCCAAUGUAGCAUGAUUUCAUUAAUGCUUGCAAGUUAAGCAAAAAGAAAGUGCCGAUGCAUAUCUUUACUGACUUUAAUAGUCCUGAUUUUAUCACGCUGAAUGUCUAUAAACUAUACCCUAAUUGUCGUUUUCAAAAUGUCAAUUUUUUUUAUUUUUUUAUAUGACUGUUAGGGAAAAUCUGAUAUUUACAGAUAUGUGACUUGACGAGCACAGUGCCUAUUAAAUAAGCCAAUAAAUAAAUAGAAUGAAACAAAACUAAAGACUGUUUGCGUCUAUUUUUCACUGGGGGUUUAUCAUGAGAAAUACAAGAACAAAAGAGCAAAAAACACAGACAUAAGGGUAGUAUUAUUUGACUGUGUCAUACAGUCACAGGACAUUUUAUGGUUCUGAAAAGUGAUGCUACUGUGUUUUGGCCUCUUUUGCUUCAUGUAGUCAGUCCACAAACAUCCACUCGGGGGAUUCUAUAUUACCGUAUGUCUAUCAAAGACAAACCUUAGUGUGUAAAUGCGAGGUUUUUUUUAGAACCACAGUCAUAUUUUCAUGCAUUUGCACAUUAUUUGUUUGACAUAAGGAUGGUAUUUGUAUAUUUAUAUCAGACAAAAACACACCUCCUUCAUUAAACUAUUUGACAUUUGCAGUUCAUUCAGAAUGCUGCAUCAACACAGAUUUUUAGGCCACUGUGCUGGCUUCCAGUUGAAGAUAGAUCUGAAUUUAAAGCCAUGUUAACUGUCUUUAAGUCUCUGACUGGUUUAGGAAUAUGUUUGCUUUAAGAUCUGCAAGGACUGAUUAGUUUUUUGUACCAAGAGUUACCAGGCAAAGACCAGUGGUGUUCAGACAUUAUGAACCAGCUCCUCUUAGAUCUAGAGUAAGUUCUUUUGUCCACUGCUUCUGAUUGACGAGUGUUGUUACAUAGUCUGGUCUAAGUUGCCUGUAAUUUUAUUUAACGUGUGUAUUUUUAUUCACUUAAUUUGAAUGAAUUUCUAUUUUACUGCACACUUUAUCACUUACAUGUGUUUAUUUUUCUCCUAUCGUCUUUUUUUAAGCUGUUUUAG